AUGCCUGCCCAAAGGCAUAUGCAAAGUAAGAAGAACUCCCGCUGCUUGGUCAACAGCUCAGGCUGCCAUCUAGUGGCUGGGAUGCUUCUGUUUCUAGGCGGGGCCAUUGCCAUGCCGCCCUCUGUCUGGUUCCUGUUCCACACGCGUAACCUUAAUGAGCGCUACGAUAAUCUUUUUGCUGUUGAGUUUGGGGUGUAUGUGGCCAUCGGCAGUGCUGGUGGUCUGCUCUUAGCCACUGUGCUGAUGUUCAUGUGGUAUUGCAUGUGUAAAAAACUGUCUUCACCCUUCUGGCUACCUCUACCUGAAGGACCUGCAAUGACCAACAGCCUCUCCGCGCAACCCCUCAUGACCAACGGCUUGCCUUCUCCCAUGACAUACGCACCCCAGAGCUUCCCUCCGGCUGUUCUGGAUGCCCCCACUUUUGUUCCAGCACAGGGUUACCCUCAAAUUGCACCCACACAGCCUAUGCCGCCCCAUGUCUACAUGCCACAGAUGUCCAUACCUGAUAGUUACGGCUCAGAAGUUGGAGCCUCACAGGCAUAUAGAUAUGCUCCCUCUCAAAGCUACGCGCCUUCUCAGGGAUAUGCCCCAUCUCAAAGCUACGCCCCCUCACAGAGGUAUGCUGGGCACCGCUAUUCCACACGCUCCCGUAUGUCCGGCAUUGAGAUUGACAUUCCUGUCCUUACAGACAGACAUUGAGUUAGUUGUUUCAAAUCAAACAGGUCAAACUGGUAUUCUAUUCCUAUAAAUUAGAAAUGGUCAAUUAGCUGUGGCAGUGAAUUUGAACAAAAUGGUGAAAUUGAAAGAAAUGCCUUUUAUUCACUUGAUGUAGCAGGUGCCUCUUAGUAAUAGCACUGAAAAUGGCCAAAACAACGUAAAAAUGGUCAUCAAACCAAUAACACAAGUGGAAUUAGAAAGUUGUGUACCUCUCUCAAUGAGCUUUAUUCAUAAAACACAAGCAGAACAAAUUUCUGUGUAAACUGUUCAUUAUUUCACUGAGUAUGUUGCAUUAAAUUCAGUGUGACAGGUUUAUGUAUUAUGUACACAGAAAUUCAUUCUGUUCAUGUUUCAUGACCUUAUCUCUUUAUUCUGGUUUUAAACCUCAACAGUAACACUGAACUUUUUAACCUGUUAGUGAAUAUGCCUGCUAAUAUCUAAAUGUGAUUAGUAAAUGCUAAAAAGAGACGCAACUUACACUCUGUUUUAUGACUGCUUACACUUGUAUUACUGUCAAUGCCAUGAAGUUUCAUAUUUGCCUUUUUACGUUGCCUUAUUGUUGUAAUACCUG